AUGAUGGGAGAAAGUCCACAUCUGUCCGCUUCCGUUCCAGACAGCAAAGCCUCGUAUGUCCUCAGUAAUGUAGAUGAAGUGGUCGAGAGAAUCCUCACAUUUGUACCAACCAAGUCGCUACUACAGAUCGCCAGUGUCUGCAGGUUAUGGAGGAACUGUGCGCGGCGGGUGCUCCGGACCCAGCAGGACCUGGGAUGGGUGUCUGCGGCUGGACACAGCUCGGGGGUCCAUGUGCUGUACAGUACACUGGCCAUGGACGUGGAGAACGUGUUUUUGCUUCCCAAAACUGUCCUCGCCAUGGUAGAUGAUGAAACUUUCAAUGCAGAAGACUCAUCUUAUUCUGCAAAACGGAGUCGUCAUGGUGCUGACCCUGUUGAAGAUGUAAAUCUACUCUUUCCCAAUGGCUGUGACAUCCUGGGAAUCACCGCCCCCGGCAUUGUCUUAACUCCUCACACUCACCGUGCGGCAUGCCCUAGAGAAUAUCAGGAUGGGGGGGCAGGGUUUGCAGUUAUGUUUCCAAAUGUCAAUGGAGUUCAAAUCAAGCCUUUUCAUUUUUGCAAAAAGACCAUUUCGCCGACAGCCAUGAAAGAAGCAGGACUAAUCGAUAAUACAGAACUUCGUGUGGUUCUGCUGUUUGUCUAUGAAGCAUAUAAAUCUGGAGGAGCACGCUUUCUAAAUCAGAUCCUGGGACCGUUGGCAGAGACCAAAGCUCUUGUAGCAGGGGGGCUUGUGGAAAGAGCGUUCUAUCCCCCCAGACAUUGCUGCAACCAGGGAGCAUAUGGUGUUGUGGGGCUUACUUUGAGCGGCUCAAAAGUGCAGGGGGCUUCUGUUCUCCUGGAUUACAAUGUUGGCACCCCACAAUCAGCUGAAGAUACAAUUCGGCGUCUUAAAGCGGGAGCCGGGCAGACGCGCACGGACGUCCCACUCUCCGGACCACAUUCAGACCAACUCGUGACCGGAGCGACGCUAAUGUCACACUAUGUUGACGAUCAGACUCCGACAUGGGCAUCAUUUCAGCACCUGGACAGCUCCUUUCCCAGUGUUCCCCGCUGCGCGCACCGGGGAAACCCGGAGCUGAGUCGCGGACGACUCUCCAUCCCAGCAGGACAGCUCUCCGUUGCUGAAUAUGAUCACCAGCGUCGUUUUGUUUUUUCACUGAAAUCCAGCCAGCGCGAGUGGGAGCAGCGGAAGCGGCAGUGGUGCUCAUCCAAAGCAGAAGUGCUAAGGAUAGCUGCAACCUACACUCAAGAGUCCACGGUUGCUCUACUAUCUACAGCAGGAGCCCAACGCCAAGCACAUUCCGCCAUCUAUGCGAAUGUUGCACAGGUUCAACAUGAAAGAAGUUUCCAUCAGAGGAAAAGGUGA